CUGUACUCGAACCUUUCAGUGGAACUAACUCAUAGAGACUUAACAAGAACGGAUUUAGAAGUAGUUGGAUCAUUGCUAGAUAUUGUUUCUAUUUCAUUUACAUUCAUUUCAUUUAUUCUACUAAUUAAAAGGAGAUAUACUUUGGAAUUUAUUUUGUGAAUAUGAUUUGUAUGGAUAGAGUUUGAAAACAUUGGAAAGAUUUGUUUUAUGUGUGCGUUUUUUCAAAUUGAUUUUGUGAUAGUAAUGUUGGAUUUAUUUGCUGGACAAAUACCACGUGGGUUUAUUGUGAAGGGAAGGGGCUGAUGUAACUAGCAUGUCCGGGGUUGACGUGGAGUUAGAUUUGCAACUGAAUGGUAUCUAGAUUUUGUGAACUUAUCGUGCAAAUUCGGUGAAUAUAGUUCAACAACUGGUCUCCAUAUGCCUAUUCUGUCACGGCAACAUGGAAACACACGAUUGAGAAACAUUCUUUGAAUGAACAAUGAAAAGUAAUAUUCAUGUUGAAAAUGGCGCCUAUCGAUGAAUGCUCCAAAGCGUUUGAAACAAUCCUCUACCACAGUGGUAAAUUUGGCAGCUACCAACGUCGUUUGUAUGUUGUCGUCUGCUCAAUGCAUAUCGUCUGCUCGGCGGUGUUGACGUAUACUCACGUGAUCCCCUACCUCGUGCACCACGAGGAAUGCACUGAGCGAAUUACGGCUCCCGGAAACGCCAGCAUCUACUUCCGGUUGAAUAACUGGACCGUAAAUUACCCUGCAUCCUGUCGCUCGUACUACGUGAACGACAUUGGACUUGAAAAUGACUGGGUUUUUCCUCAGUGGGCCUAUCCGGGACACCCAUUGGACGUACGGAAGUUCAUCUACUACGGGAAGGCGUGCGGGCUGGGCGCCGGGUUUCUCCUGGGUGCCCUUCUGGCGGACUACGUUGGACGCCGACAGACAGUCUUCUCAGCUUUCCUGGUGAUGUGUGCGGCUCAAUGCCUAACAGCCAUUUCACAGGACCCGGUCGUGUUCAUCGUGUGCCAGACAUUGGUGGGAUUUGGCGCAGGUUGUUUUAUCCCGCCAAGCGCAGUUUUGGUGUUGGAGUAUGUAGGUCACGACUGGCGGGACAUAUGUGUGUGCCUGUUACCAUGGUGGCUCGGUCCCAGCCUUUUGUCGCUAGGGGGAACGAUAUUCAGACAUUGGCGACACCUGGCUAUCAUUUCUGGCAUGGCUGGGCUUCCGUUGAUUGGGUUUUAUUUUCUUGUGUUUGAAAGCUCUCGGUGGCUUCUUUGCAACCACAAAUUCUCUGAAGCAGAACGCGUUACAAAGGAAGUGAUAUCAUGCAACUGCAAACCAGUUCCGGAAGUGACGACAUUAUUUGACAUUGCGCGCGCAUGCGUGCUUACAACUAUGCACAAAAAGAAAUAUACAUACAUCGAUUUGAUCUCAACUUCAAAACUGAGGAAAGCUACAUUUGCUGCUGUGUUUACCUGGUUUCCAGGGACGGUGGUAUACGGGGGCCUUCUCAUUCGUCUAAGGAGCAUCGCUCCAACCUUUUAUUUGAACAUGCUGGUUGUGUUUGCAACAGACGUCGUCGUUGUCAUCAGCGCCAUACUCAUCAAUAAAUGUAUCGGACGACGGUGGUGCCUGUUUCUAUACGCAAUGUCGUCUGGUCUGAUCUCCAUUUGUAUCCUUGUGCUUCACGUGACCAAUGACGUCAUAGAGGAUCGCAUGCUGGCUUGGCUGGCAUAUUUUACAAAGCUCGGCGUCAUCACGUCAUUGACCCUUCUGGCUUUGAUUACCAUGGAAACAUAUCCGACAGUUAUAAGAACCAUGGGGUGUGCUGUCGGUUUUUCCGCCGGAUUGAUAGGACUCUUGGUCUCAGAUAAACUCAUCAUAUACUUGGAACCAUUCCACUACACGAUGCCCUUUCUCAUAUAUGGCGGGCUGAUGAGCCUUGUGGCUGUAGGAGUCCUGGGGUAUCCCGAAACUACGAAACAACCCCUUCCCGACAUCCUCCGCUGUCGCCAUAGAAACGUGUGCAGACACGAGGCUGUACGAUUACCUUCCGCUUGGACCACGUGAAACAUGACGUCACUUCCGAAAAUAAUUGAUAUUUUAGAACGAAUCAACCUUUUGUUACUACAGGGAUUGACAAAUUAACGAUAGUGAUUGGUAUGUAAAGCUUUCUUAUUAUUUACUGUAGACGAAUAAGAGAAGGCAGACUAGUUUUUAUCAUUAUAACGAUAUGUUAUAUAAAAAAACUAGUUACGGAAUCGAAACUGCUUUAAUCCUUAUCCCAACAUGCUCAGAAAAUGUGAAUCAUCGAAAUAAUUCAUCCAUGAACCGAAUGUCCGGAUGGAAUAGAGUCGAACGACACAUUUUAUGUAUAUGUUAGAGUUUAUUUUGGAGUUCUACAGAAAGCUUGCAACAUUUUCUGUAGAUCGCCAAAAUGAACUUAUUUGGUGUUCGCACUUAUUUGAUCCACUAGCUCCGCCCUUUGUGUA